CUCUGCUUCAGUACCCAUCGCCGUUAGAUGAAAACAACGCGAGAUCUCUAGAACCUCAGUAUCGAGAGACGUAUCAACGCGAGAUGUCCAUAGAAAGGAAGAUGCGUCUGAAGUUUGGAUGAUUAGAAGUUGUAAACGAAAAAUAGGUUAGUCAGAUUGAUUCUUAAUGUUGGGCGGGGUUACAGGCAAAAAUAUGUGGGCCUGUCGUAAAGAGCGAGGAACGAGUAAGAAAUACAGUCGCUUUGUUUAUAAAUUCUCGAGUGGGAACCUUUAUCUAUAGCAGUAAAGCCUAAAGCGAAUUAUUUCAUUUUAAUAUCAAUAUAAUAUUAAGAUGAAAUCAAAAUGAACAUUUCUGAAUAGUACCCGAUCGGGUAAAUCCAGCAGUUUUAUAUUCCAGGCCGAUUAAAGAGUCUGACACCGCCCCUUUGAACACAGAGCCAAUCAAAACCGUGACCUAUCCAGGUGUUCCAGAUGAAAGGUCAUAGGUCCAGACCCCUGAUGACGCCAGAGCCGCAACAUGUGGUCCCGUGUGGUGCUCUACCUGAUGCUGCUGCACGCUGCCUCCGUCUGCUCUCCCGGUUCAUACGGGACCGACAGCUUGGCGGAGAAGGGUCAAGCGGAGCUCUUUCACGUCCGCAGACUCGCGAACCAACCGCGCUACGGAAAAUGCUGGGCUCGUGCACUGGUGGACAUCGAGGCAUCCUGCCGCGAGUUGACGGAGGAGCGGCAGAGCAGGAUGGCACUGAAGUUCACCCACUGUCACCUGCACAGGUCCGGCCGUGAGUUCCCAGCAUGCCCAGAGGGGGCAGAGCUCAGCGAGUGUACCGCCGACAUGGACGCCGUGGCGUUCAACGCCUUCACAGAGUUCUUCACACAUACGCUCUCCAUCUGUCACUUCCUGCAGUCUGAGGCCUGGCAGCUCAGAGCCGAGACCAGCAUGCACAGCCUGACGGAGGCGUCGGCCAGCGUUGCCGAGCAGCUGAGCUCCACAAGGCUGCUAACUGAGGACCUGUUGGAGGCCCAGAGCUCCGCCCUGCUGGCCCAGGACCAGAUCCUCCUCAACGGACAGGAGCUGCAGCACACCAUCAGAGAGUCCUCACAGGGGGUGAGGGAGCUGUUCUCCCAGGUGACGGACUCCUCCAGGGAGCAGCAGGUGGUCCUGUCGGAGCUCUUCCACCGGAUCUCCUUCCUGCAGAGCUUCGUGCUCCUGGAGGCCCACACCCUGAGCUCCGGCCUCUACAACGCGGCCGGCCUCUGCACCGCCUUCCUCCUCACCUGCACCCCCCACACUGCCCGCUCUAGGUUGGUGUUACUAGGCUUGGUGUGUGUUAAUGUGUGCCUGGAGCGACUCAUCUACCAGUAUGUCAUGGACUCGAGCAACCCUGCUUACCCACACAUGGAGCUGGUGACCCAGUACGUGGCGGUCCUCCGGAGGAUCAUGGGGACUCUGGGAGUCCUGAUCCUGGUGCUGGCAGCCCUGCGUUACAGAGACCCGACCCAGGACAGCCUGCUGGUCCUGGCCCAGCUCAGAGACACCCAGCACAGCCUGCAGCUGGCCCUCACACACACAGAAGAGUUGUGUGUGUCAGCAGAGCGCAGGAGGAGCAGAAGUGGGGAGGAAGACAUGUGGAGGAGAAAGGAGGUUUUACAUACUCUACCUCGCCCAUGUUACCACGACGACCAGAUCAACAGACGACGAGAGUCUCGUCGUCAGGAACACGUACUCCGUCCUCCGACCAACUCCGACCUGUCUCACCGCUCAGAGAAAGAAAGCUCCCAGAAUACUUUGCUGUUACUGGAUGCCCCUCCUCCUAGACGUACACGCUCCCAGCGAUAUACUAGACCCGCCCCUCUAACUAUUUGUCCCGCCCCCGAAGUGUACAGCAUCCUGGUUGAGGAGGGACAGCCUCGGUACCGUCUGAGAAGCAGACUUUCAGAGACGCACAACACCACACACAAUCCCAAACAAUAACAAACACACAGAUGCGCAGAUACACAUUCACACACAAUAACAGAGCCUCACAUUCAAAAACACACACACACACACACACAAUAACACAGACACAAUAACACAGACACAAUAACACAGACGCACACACACACACACACACACACACACACACACACACACACACACACACAAUAACACAGACACAGACACACAAUAACAAUAACACAGACACAGACACACAAUAACACAGACACAGACACACACACACCCACAAGCAUAGUUUGACUUAAGAGUCAUUUUAAUUGAAUAAAAGUUUUGUGAUCGUA